AUGGACGAAAGAAACCAGGAGGACAAGAAGUACCUCGACAGCACCGCAGAGAAAUCAGUGGACGUAGGCGUCUCCGAGUCUCAAGACUAUAGUCCAACACCAAAAGGAUGGCUUGGAAAAAUCGCCAGCUGGGGCAUUGAGCUCCGCGGUGUGACACCUGUGCCACUAGAAGAGAGGAAAGACAAGCGAUUCAUCAAUGUCUUCUUUGUUUGGUUCACGAUGAGUACCAAUCUGCUUCCUAUCAUCACAGGCAUGGUGGGAACAUUGAUCUUCGGUCUCAGCCUCCGGGACUGCUCGCUCUUAAUUCUCUUCUUCAGCCUUCUCACCACAACUCCCGCAGCCUACUUUAGCACCUUCGGAGCUCGUACUGGCCUCCGUCAAAUGCUUCACGCAAGGUUCACUUUCGGAUACUAUUUAAUAUCGAUCAUAGUUCUGCUCAAUCUCGCCACCAUCGCUGGUUUCGGAGUCAUCGACUGUGUCCUAGGCGGCUCUACUUUGGCAGCGGUUUCGAGCGGGAAAAUCGACAGUACGGUGGGAAUCGUCAUCAUCGCUAUCGUAGGCAUGGUCAUUUCUUUCGGUGGCUAUCGUGUGCUGCACCAGUACGAAAGAUACUCGUGGCUCUUUGCCCUCAUCGCCAUCACCAUCGCCACUGGCACUGGUGGCAAAGAGCUCUUCAACCAAGUCGAGCAGCCUGCCCCUGCAGCAGCCACAAUCGUAAGCUAUGGUGGAGUUAUAGCGGGAUUCCUCAUCCCUUGGGCUGCCAUGGCGGCAGACUUCUCCGUUUAUUGUGACACCUCCGUUUCGACACUUCGAAUCUUUUGCUAUACCUACGCCGGCCUAUUCUUCCCCACGGUCCCUCUCAUGGUUCUUGGAGCAGCCAUUGGUGGUGCCACCCCCAACGUGCCAGACUGGAAUGAAGGCUACGAGUUGUACAGCGUCGGCGGUGUGCUCCAAGCCAUGCUGUUCCCGGCAAAAGGCUUUGGAAGAUUCGUCGCCGUCUUAUUGUCCCUCUCCGUCAUUGGAAACUUGUCCGCUGCCAUGUAUUCCAUCUCUCUCAACUUCCAGCUCCUGCUUCCAUUCCUGAUCAAGGUCCCUCGCGUGGUGUUCUCGGUCGUCUAUACCUGCGUCGCCAUCCCCGUGGCCAUUUUCGCGGCCAAGUCAUUCUUCGCAAGCCUCGAGAACUUCAUUUAUUUGAUCGCGUACUGGUCAGCGGCCUUUGUGGCGGUCGUCAGCACGGAACACCUCGUCUUCAAGAAGCGCGACCACUCCGCCUACGACCCUACCGCGUACAAUGAACCCAGCAGGCUCCCAACUGGAAUUGCGGCAAUUUCAGCGAUGGGCUUGAGCUUUGGGCUUGCGGUUCCGUGCAUGUCUCAGGUAUGGUACACUGGUCCGAUUGCAGAGACUACGGGGGACAUUGGGUUCGAGGUGGCUCUGGUUCUUGCGUCGUUGCUCUAUAUCCCACUUCGGUUCAUUGAGCUGAAGAUUCGUAAAGUUUAA